AUGGAGAUUACUUCCUCGAGUAAUGAUGCAACGGAAUUAGAUUUGGAAGAUCUUGAUCUUGUAGCUCAAACACCUCGAGCCGGAUUCGUGACAAUUCCUGCAGUUGAGCUAGAGCACAUUAAGCUACUGCAACAAGCCAAUGGCCUUCAGCAAGCUCUAUUUGUUUUCGGAUGUGUGCUUACGGGUGGUGUUUUAGCUAUUUUGACGUCAUGGAAACCCAAGUGGAAAGCUCAAAUACUGCGAGAACCAGCUCUAGACAAUAUGGACGCGACUUCGGUGCUUGUAGUGCAUACAUUGACCUGGACAAAUAGUGAAAAGCAGACAAAAAGGACAAAAAGAUUUUAUGAAGAAUGUGUUUUGUAUCAUCCAAUUGAUAGCCCAUCGUGGUUUGAGUUUCGAAAGUGUCGAUAUGUAGUUGAUAAGAAAGAAUCACUUGGAUUUUCUAGACUUGAAAAUUCGUUGAACGAAAAGCUUGUGUCGUCUCAACGACGGUGUUUAGAAAGCACAGGAUGGACAAGUGCACAAGUUGAAGCUCUCACUGGAGCACAUGGAGCGAAUGAAUUGGCAUUGCCGGCCCAGACGUGGUCGACCGUGCUCUUGCGUAAGAUCUCACAUCCGUUCUAUGUAUUUCAAGCACUCAGUGGUAUUAUCUGGUUCUGUGAAGGAUAUAUAGCUUAUGCAAGUGUAAUACUAAUUCUUUCAGCACUUUCGAUCGGCUGGGAAGUUCAAGAAUUGGUGAAAAAUGAUAAGAAAUUACACGCAAAGUUAAGUCAUGCAGAUCAAAGUGUUCGUCAUGGUGUACGGGUGAUUCGAAAUGCACGAGAGGAACGAUUGAGUCCAGCAUCCCUAGUAGUUGGAGACGUUGUAGUGAUUGAACAAGGUGACGUCCCUGCGGAUAUCGUGCUACUUUCUGGUCAUUGUAUGACAGAUGAAGCAUCGCUUACGGGGGAGGCGAUUCCAGUAACGAAGCAAGCUCUUGCCGCGUCUAAUGUCUCAGCUUUAGUGAAUAUAAAUCUCAAAACGACACAUCGAGAAAGUGUGCUAUUUGCUGGCUCCACAGUCUUAGAGUUGGCUCACUCAAACCUCACCCAAAGCAGUCGCGACGAAGCAAAGGUUUUGACUCGUGGAGUUGUUUUAAGUGCCGGCUUUUCAACGUCGAAAGGUGAAUUAUUUCGCUCCAUUCUUUUUCCAACACCACUCCAGCUGACAAAACGUCUGGAAACUGAUAGCUACCGUUUCAUGGGUGCAUUGUCCGUUCUGGCUUUCAUUUUGUUUCUCGAUCGCCUCGACAAUGCUCUUCACGAUUCGAACGUUUCGUUUGGACAAGCGCUAAUGUCUGCCUUUGAUCUCGUGACAAUUGCUGUUCCGCCAGCCCUUCCUGUCGUACUAACAGCAGGAGUUGGAUUCGCUUUGUCACGUUUGGAAAGUCAAGCCGAUGUGGCAUGCAUUGAUGCAGCACGGAUGAAUGUUGCUGGUCAUAUCGAUUGUUUCUGUUUUGACAAGACGGGAACGCUAUCUAGUAAUCACCUUGACUAUUACGGUGUGGACGAGUGUUCUGCAGCAAUUUCGGAUGCAACCAGAAGCCAAAAGCAACAACCUGCAUUUAAUGGACUUCAACGCGAGGUCGAAGUAUUGUCACCUCCGACCAUUGUUGGCUUGGCCACGUGUCAUGGUCUUACGGAUUCUUCCGGUCAAAUUAAAGGCUAUGCAUUGGAAAUGGACAUGUUUCGUGCCACUGGCUAUUCGCUUGAAUCAGAGACAUCUGAGAAAUCGACGAACUCUCGACAAUUUGCAGCUCUCGUGGUCUCUCCAAUUGGUAAACGCUUUGGAAUAGUCGCGCGCUUUCCAUUUGACGCAUCACGUCAGCGAUCUUCGGUAGUGGUAGAAGAUGUUGACAGUGGUAAUCGAUAUGCUUACGUCAAAGGCUCACCUGAGGCGAUCCACAAGAUAUGUACACCCAAUACACUUCCAAAUAAUUAUAUAGCACGUGCACGUUCGUAUGCACAUCAAGGUCUCUAUGUCGUGGCGCUUGCGACUAAGGUAUUUCCUUUACCAAAGACCGAAUCAACUCAACUCGUGGCUCGAGAUGAUGUUGAAAGUUCGGUAGCUUUUCUCGGCUUCUUGCUUUUUGUAAAUCAAGUGAAAGCUGAAGCUCCUUACGUUGUUGGAGCACUGGAGGAAGCUGGUGUUGACGUACGCAUCAUUACCGGGGACGAUGUGCUCACAGCAAUUUACGUUGCGCGCAAAAUCAAUAUGGACAUGCAGCCGUCUGUUCUUUUGAUUGAUGCACAGAAACAACAGGACAGAAUGGUUGUAGUUUACGCAGAUGUUGAUGAAUUGGGUCAAAGCACUCGAGACAACGCGACUCGAAACAAUUCAAGCGAAACUUGGAACACUGUCGAUAGACACUCGUUUCUCUCUCUUGCUGAAGGUUGUUCACUCGCUCUGACCGGCGCUGCAAUUGAACGCUUUUUGGUCGAAAAUGAAUCUAAAGAAAACGAAUCGAUAAAUCCGUCAACGAAAUCUUGGUCGAAUUUCGCUUAUGAGCUCGUGGGUAGAACCAAAGUGUUUGCACGUGUGCGACCAGAGCAAAAGACUUGGAUCAUCGAGACAUUAAUGACUCGACACGGCGCGUGUGUCGCUAUGUGUGGAGAUGGAGCAAACGACUGUGGUGCCCUCAAAGCUGCUCAUGUUGGACUAGCGUUGUCAACAGACGACGCUGCAAUGGACGAGGCGCAUUGA